CUUUGAUUGUAUUAUGAGAAGUUUAGGUUAAACAUUAAAACUCUUUUUACUUUCUUUCUUUUCUUUCUACAUAUCAUCCGUCUAAAUGUGUAUUUUAAUUUCUACUACAGUAGAAAUUAAAAUACUUGCGUUAUCUAAACUUUCUAGUAGAAUUUAAAAUUCUCCUAUAGUAGAGAUUCAAAUUUCAAUUUCUACUAGUGCAACUUAAAAUCGCCGCUUAUUUUAAUUUCUCCUAGUAGAAAAUGAAAUUUUAAUUUCAACUGGUAGAAUUUUAAAUUCUACUGAAUUUUAAUUUCUACUGCGACAUAUACAUUUAUUUUUGUUCACAUAUCAAUCUCAUUACUAUAAGGAAUUACUAUUUCUAGGUUCUGGAUCUCAUAAUAUGAAAAUUAUAUUUGAUUAUUAUCAUUUAAAUGAUAUUCAAUAUCCAUGUAUAUUACAACAAUUUGUUAACCAUGGAGGAAUUUUAUUAAAAGUAUUUUUAAUUGGAAAUACGGAUGAAAAUAACAAUCACAAUGGCAAUAAUUUUUAUGUUGUUCAACGUGGCUCAAUACGAAAUUUCACAACGCUAACAACAACACAACCAAAUGAAACAAUUGCAUUCCAUACAAAGGAAGUAUCAAGUGCACAAUCAUGCUCUCCUUUAAAUAAUAAUGAAAAUAGCAAUAAUUUAAUAUUUGAUGAAAAAGCAAUUAAAGAUAUAGCGAAUAAAAUUCAAAUGAAAUUUAAGUUAAAUCUACUUAGUAUUGAUAUUAUAAGUGAUUGCAGUACAAAGCAAUAUGCUGUUAUUGACGUCAAUUACUUCCCUGGCUAUGAAGGAUUAAACGGUUUAAAUGAACGACUAUUUUAUUUAUGCAUAAGAUUACUCAAACAACAGCAACAAAAACCAAAAUGA